AUGACUGAUGAGUCCCCAUUCCUGAAACUGCCUGAAAUUGUCAUGGACAAUGUUUUACACUACUGUGAUUAUCUGGAAAUUGCUCGUCUUCGGAAGACUUGUCGAAGCCUACGAAACUAUGUCGAUAGCACAACAUCAGAUGCUCUGAUGACAAGUGUAGAAAUCACUGCACAUUCUCAGGAAGUCAGAUUCUUGCUUCGUUCAAGAAGUUGUAGAAUCGAUGCCCACUACUCACAAUCCAAGGAUGGCUACAGUAUGCAGUAUUACACCAAUGGAAAAUGCGAGUUUAAAACAAAGAAGAUACAUGGAGAGAACUAUUUGGAAGCUUUUAAAAAGGAUCUUGAGAUUUUUAUGAAGUAUCAAAAAGGCGUCAUAUCACACUUGAGAAUUGAUCUUCCACCACCUCUAAGUGAAGGAAUUCUGAAAGUAAUUGAGAACCGCGGCUCCACACUGAAAGUCACUGAAAUCUAUGUGUUCAAUUUACCUGCAACUCAACUUCUAUCUACUAUAUCUCUUAUCGAUGCUCAAUGUCUGGAAAAUCUGAAAGUAUUCACCAAAGAACAGAGAGAUGUGAUAGAUGAGAUUAUGGAUCUGGAGCAGUGGAAACAUCUGUAUUACUGUCAAUUGCUGAAUUUUCAAAUUUCGCAGCCUAGAAGAAUCUCUCAUAUUGGCAUGUUUACGGGGAAUGUGACAUCUGUCACGGCAGCGGAUUUGGAUUUUCUGAAAACGGCCUUCCUCAAUUCAUCAAUGUUCUGUUGUUGUAAAAUGAACUGCAACAGUAUCGCCGAUUUGUCAGAAAUAGCCGAAAUAUUCGGAGUACAACCAUUCACCAGUCGCGGUAGUACUGGCGGAGUCUUAAGACUGUGGUUCUUCCGUAUGCCAAACGACAAAACUACAGUUCUCUCGCUGGAUGUGAACAGUUUCCAUUUCGUUGAGUUCCGUCAUAAAAAAACUGCAGAAGUGCCAAGCGAUGCUGUAAUCAUUGGUUGA